GUUAUGGUGAAAAUUUCAGAGUCAAUUGCAUAUAUUUUACUGUUGAUGUCGGUACAGUAUUCUCUCUUUACUGCAUUUAGCCAUGAUGCAUUGAGGUUGAGGUUCCUCUUUUAAUUCCAGAUUUUCCACCACAAUGAUUCAAGAUCUCGCGAGGAGGCUUUUUUAACGAUAUUAUUUUCCUUGUGAAUGUUGUGCGUGUGUAUUUGUGUUUGUCCCCCACUACUGCUUGCUAAUUUUUAUCUAUGUACCUGUAGCUUACUGUCAAUACAUGUAGGGGUUCAUUGUAUUGUUUUGUCCAUGGGCUUAUAAUGUUGUUAACACGGCCCUGUACUCGUAUGAGCAGGUGGAAUGGAAGGGACAUAACUCUGUUGAAGACAGUUUUGUUUUCAGCAUGACGAAUAAUUUGUUCGCUCGAUCAAUUUUGGAAAAGUAUGGUUGGAAAACCGGUGCUGGCCUGGGAAAGGAUGAGCAUGGAAUUCAAGAACCUAUCAAAGUUACCUUAAAAAACAGCAAAAGUGGUCUUGGACAUAUUCCGGGAAGUGAUCUUACAAGAAACUGGUGGGAUCAAAUGUAUAAUGAUGCUGCUAAGAAGAUUUCUGUGAACACUGAUAAUAGUGAAAAACUGAAGCAGGAAAAGAUAAGAGAAGAAAGUUCUCCAAAGAAUUUACUGUAUGGUAAUUUCCUCCAGGGAUCAACUCAGUAUUCAAAGCACACAGGAAUAGUUGAAGAAGCUGUUAGUGAAUCACAGCCUGAAGUUUCUCAGAACUGCCCUCCCAGGUUAACUGAUGAACAGCUUUUUGAAAUAUGUGGACGUCGUACAGCACACAAAGCAGCACGACAUGGAUUACAACUAAAUGGCAAGUUGCAACGUAUUAAAGAACAAGAACAACGCUUCUUGGAAUCUCUUGAGACUGCCAAAAAUCAUAAAAAUCAAAUCUCAAAAACCAAAAUUUCUAGCAUUUCUAGAAAUCGUACAAAGGUUGAGGCUGAGAAGCAGCAAAAUAAUUUAGAUGACGAUGGUUAUAUUGAAGAAGAAACAUUGAUUAAAAAGAGGAAAAAGAAGAAGAAAAAGAACAAAAAUGAUUUGGUUGAAGUGGGUUUAGAAGAAACAGUUGAUUGUAAACAGGAUUCAGAAAAUCAAGACUUUCAAGAAAACAAAUUACUUGUUAGUGAAAAUUUAACAGACUGUGAUAAGGAAAUAGUUUGGUUGCCUAAGCAAGAUGAUGUUUCAACCAAAGAAGGAUUUAAAUUAAAAUACAAGGUUAAAAAGCACAAAAAGAGAAAACAUAAUCUAUAAUAAGAAUAAAAAAUAAUUUAAAAUUCAA